AUGAUGCCAGUUACAGGCGAGUACGAAGAUGAAUUCCCAGAGGGUCACAUUGAUUACAGACAGAAAUACAAGGCACUGAAAAAGAAAUUACGGCUUCUUGUUUAUGAGCAAGAAUGCUUCCUUGAAGAGCUGAGAAAAGCCCAGAGAAAAUUAUUGAAAGUUUCCAGAGAUCGGAGUUUUUUGUUGGAUCGGUUGUUGCAACAAGAAAAAAUCGAGGACUCAUCAGAAGAAUCGGACGCAACAAAUUCUACAGACACUGACGAUGGAGGUGGACACCACAGAGAGGCUGGUCCUGCCAAAAAGAAAAGGCUGAGUAGCCACGUGUCUGCCUUAGGGGAAUUAGCACAUAUGUCUCAGGCAGCAGCUAAACAUAUUUCAGGUACAGGUGAAUCUUUUGGCAGCAAAAAGAAAACUAAAACCUCAGGAAAAAAGAGUGGUAAAGCAGGACAUCUGAAAUCUAGCGCUAUCAAACAAGACUCUCCAGGCCAGAUGACUAGAGAAGAGUUAGAGCGCCACCUAGAAUCCAAACAACAUGAAUUUGGAAUAGAGAAAGCUACAGCCUCUUUGCCAAUGGAAAUAUUUAGCAAUGACCCUCAUCAUGAUAGUGAUGGUGGCAUGGAUGGGGGAGAAGAGGAUGAAGAUGACCUUGUGAUAGAUGUUCCACAUUAA